UUUUCCCCCACGUGUAAGUGAAAGUUGUGUUCGAGUUUGCAAAGAAGAAAUCAGUAAAUAAACAGUGUAAGCAGGCAAAGCAUCCAUUUUGCAUCUGUAACCUCUGGGAUUAGGCUGGAGAUUUCAAAGCCAAUGGCAGGAAGAUGAGUCUGUUACUGAAUGACCUGCUGCUGUGCUGCCGAGGACUGGAGAAUGACAAGGCCACCGAGAGGAAGAAGGAAGCUGAUCGUCUCAGGAGGCUUCUCCGGGAUCCUGAAACUGUGCGAGAGCUUGACAGCGUGUCCACCAGCAGAGCCUCGAGAGGCAGCACCCAGCUCACAUGGGAUGCCGUGUUUAGGUUCCUGAAGAAGUACCUGCAGAAAGAGACUGAGCUAAUGCAGUCGAGCAAAGCGAAAGUCUCGGCCGCCACUCAGACCAACCGGCAAAAGAAGAUGCAGGAGAUCAGCAGCCUGAUGAAAUCUUUUGUCCGAUGUGCCAACAAACGGGGUCCCAAGUUAAAGUGUGCAGAUUUGCUGGCUCACGUGGUGGAGGUUCUGCAGAACUCCUUUAGUUGUGCUGCGUACGGAGAGGACUACAGCAGCAUGCUGCUCAAAAACAUCUUCUCUGUCCGCAAGUACUGGUGUGAGAUUACUCAGCAGCAGUGGCACUGUCUGCUGGAUGUGUACUGUGGGCUUUUCACUGCAUCCAAAUCCAUAAACCGGGUUCUAGUGAGCAGAAUCAUUCACACCGUAAUUCAAGGUUGCUGCCUGCAAACUGACGGCUUGUCGCACACCCUCUUCAGCUUUUUUGCAAGAGCGCUAAACAAUGCCAGAACAGAGAGACAGCUGCAGGUGCUGGAGCACCUGAUCUCCGCCCUGAACGUGUUCCUGCGCUCUGUGGCGAUGAACCGCAGGAGACGUGUGUGCAGCCUGGGAGAAGAACUGCUUCCUUCCAUCCUGCACGUGUGGAGCCAGAUGAGGCCCAGCUCCAGUCUGAAAGAGGAAAUGGUGGAGUUCUUCAACUUGCAGCUCAGCGUUCAUCAUCCCAAAGGAGCCAAGACAGUGGAGACAGGUGCCCACGCAGAGGACUGGGCGAAAUGGCAGAGUCUCCUCUACAACCUGUACGAGGCUCUCGUUGCAGAGAUCAGCCAGAUUGGCAGUCGAGGAAAGUAUGCCACAGGUUCUCGUCAUAUCGCUGUCAAAGAAAACCUCAUUGAACUGACAGCAGACAUCUGCCAUCAGUUGUUCAGUUGCCAUGAUUUACGUGUUGUGAGGGACGGGACACAGAGCAGCAAGCGACGGCGUAUGGAUCUCGGCUGGGAAAUCCUAAGGGAUCACCUACAGCCCCAUCACAGUGACUUCGACAUGAUACCUUGGCUACAGGUGACAGCUGCCCUGGCCUCAAAAUACCCCUCCAUGCUUCCUACCCAUGAAUUGUCCCCUCUGCUGUCUCUGCUGUGCCAGCUGCUGGGCGAGCAGCAGCGAAGAGGAGAGAGGGGCCUGUACGUGCUGCGCUGCCUGAAGCAGGUGGCUUUGUGCCAGGCCAAAAUCUCAGGAAAGAGCCAGGCUCUGCCUGCAGAGCUAGGUCGGAUUUGGGCCAGAGUGUGGGCGCUGGCGGUGCGAGGCGUCAGUUCAGCCCACACCCAGGAUCUGAGCCUAGAGCUAUUACAAACCCUGGUGCAGUGCCACCUCGUGCCCGUCGACAGAGAGUUCUGGAAGCUCUUCUCUGGUGCCGUGUGUAAACCAUCUGUUGUUUCAGCUCUCAGUCUCACCGAGGCCUUGUCUCACUGUUCGGUUCCGAAGAGCGUAUACAGCAGCGAGUGUCCGUCAUCCGCGUUGCUGGAUGCAGGUUCUCCGCCCUCGCUGAAGGAAGCGAUCAUUGAUUGGCUGCUUAUGAAUGAGCAGAGUGAUGAGAUGGAGGAAAGCAUCAGGCUUCACCCUAUCAUUUGCAGGAAUUUUCCUCUAAAUCUUAUCCCGAGAAUCCUGGUUGCUUUGACGCUGAAAGAUACCAUGGCAGGAAUGGCGUUUCUGAUGAGUUCUCUUCAGCUCGAAUGCGUAUCUCCUCCAGUUCGGCCCACCGAAGGCCGAACCCUGCUGAAUGAAAUCGAGACACUAUACAUACAGGUCAGUUUUGAUGAUGUCGCCUUACAGUCUGCAAUCAAAGAAGGCCACAGUCGGACGUGUCGGGAAACACCUCAGUUCACAGUCAUCGACUCUUUAAGGGCUCGAGUGGAACAGAGUCUUCACGCGGUCGCUGAGCAUCUCCUCAACGUUUACUCUCCUGAUACUUCUAAUACCUCUCCUGAAUAUAUGGUGAGGUGUUUGAGGCUACUUACUGGAACCCUCGGUGCAUUCGUUUGCAUUGGACUCCUCACUGAGGAAUCCGCAGGUCACACUCCUCUCUUUCAGAAAGCAAAGACAAUUGCUCAGGACUUGAGCGAAUACAUUUCUUCUACAAAGGCCAAGUUAAAUGAAGAUGAAAGUCUGUCCAUGCUUAAAUCCGUGAUGCUGUUGUACUCCGAAAGCAUCAGCACAAACAAUAAAGACAGCGUUUCUACAAUCUCUCGCCGAUUAGUCAUGAAGGCUCUUCCUGCUCGACUGCUGAGUGAGCUGUCUGAAAUCUGCAAGUUAAUGCUAGGUAACUCGGCUAAAAGAGACAGUACAGGGGUUGAUAACGAUCCUGACGACAUAGACAUGAGCAGAACUCAGAUGGAGCAAAACCCACAGGAGGAAGUUGACCUGUUUGAUGAUGGUGACGGCGCACAACCCAGCAACAACGCAACCCAGGCGCUUAGUCCCGACCUGACUGAUUCCCAGCAUGGCUUAGGAGCCAAAAGCCCUCUUUCACAGGAGCACUUAAGCAAGCAGGACCUGGUUUUCCUGGACACCCUUGAGUUUUUGUCCCUGUGUGCGUCAUUCGAAACCAGUACCGGACUCGCCUAUAAACCUCUAGACCUUCGGCGCAAGCUGCUAAAACUGUUGGAUCUGAUUGACCGUUCUAAACCUCUGCACCUCCACAUGUAUCUGGUCCUGCUGAAGGUGCUUCCAUCAGAGAGGAUGUCUCUGACAGCUGAAGAGUUCGACUUGCUGAUCGGACCUCUUGCAGAGAUAUGCUCCCAGUAUCGUCAAGAUCAGGAGAUGUGCCGUGUCGUACUUUUAGCGCUGCUCCCGUGCAUACGCUGCCUACAGAGUGCACCUGAGCAGGAUGAGGAUUUGAAUCACGCUCGGGGAGCUCUGCUACAAGUGGUCUCAGGCUUCUGCAUUUUGGGUAAAAGUGGUAAAUGCAGUUCAGAUGUAAGAGCAGCACUGGGAAGCUGUUUACUUGCCUUAAUGGAGGUCGACCCUUGCUGUAAGUGGGUGGUCUUAUCUUUGAGGGAGGAGGAGCUUCCUGCAUGUGCGAUUUUGCCUUCGCAUCUUGCAGACCCUCACCACCGAAUUCGCAUGCAGGCAGCCAUGAACAUAGAAAGACUGUUCCUGGAGAAGGUAGAUUGGGGUAAAGAGCAGAAAAAGAUGCUUCCACUUAAACACCAGCAAACGGCCUUCGAAAAUGUCUACUUGAAGGCACAGGAGGGGACGAAGGUCCAGAGAAACGGAUCCCCCGAAGAUCUGGCCGAUGAGACCUUUAACCGGCUUGCGACUCUGCUGAAAAGCCUAUCCAUGGUGAUGUGCUGCAGCCCCGUGUGUGAGAAGCAGGCCCUCUUCGCCCUCUUUCAGUCCUACAAGGAGAACAACAUUGAGGAGAGCCUGAUUACAAAGGUUUUGCAUAGUGUUUCACUUUGCCUGGGCUACAGAAGUUCUGAGGCGUUCGUCUGCUCUCAUCUGAAUUAUCUGGUGGCUGAAUGGUUGAGCCAGAGACAGACAGAUGCCACCUACACCCUACAGAGUUUUCCUUAUACGCUAUUAAACUGCAGCAGUCUGGAAGAGUUUUACAGGUCAUCGUAUCAUGUUCUUAUCCCACGCCUGGUCUUCCUGAAUGACUUUGAGCAGGUGAAAUCUAUUGGGCAUCACCUGAAGCAAGACUGGAGGCAGCUGGUGGCCAACUGCUUCCCUAAAAUCAUGGUGAACAUCCUGCCUCACUUUGCCCUCCCCGGCCAUGACGCGGAUGCGGCGAAGCAGAGAGAGAACGCGCACCAUGUUUAUGACCUGCUGAAGGAUGACCAGUGCCUGGGGAAACAGCAAAUCGACAGUCUGAUACACGGUAACCUGGCGGACAUUGUUGUCGAGCUGUUGAUGACUCUGUACGAAGGAGCAGGAUCAGGAAAUGCUGAAACAGGAGAUCUGCAGAAGUUCACUGGAGAGCUGGAUCCCGCCCCAAAUCCACCAUUCUUUAGUUCACACGUGAUCAAAGCAACUCUCGAUUACCUCAGCAAGUGUCAUAGCACCAGUCACAAAUCUCUGGUAGCCAUACUGUCCAAGACUCCGAUGUCCAUACAGAAGAUCCUGACCUCAGUUUGCCAGCGGGAAGCUGAGACCACCAACGCCUACGAGAGGCACCGCAUCCUCAUGAUGUAUCAUCUGUUUGUGAAGCUGCUGCUGUUUGAGGUUAAGGAUGGCCUAGGGGGGGCGUGGGCCUUUGUGCUCCGAGACAUCAUCUACACCCUUAUACAUCACAUCAAUAGCAGGUUGGGCCCUCAGGAAGAGGUAUCUGCUCGAAGUCUGGCGUUGUGCUGUGACCUGCUCAUCACCGUAUGCCAGACGGCGAUCCGCUUCUGUGACGACGCUCUGGAGAGCCACCUGCAGGUCAUUGUAGGAACUCUCACUGCACAAGUCACCGAGCAGCCAGCAAUCUCUCAACAGGUGCUUAGUCUGCUGAAGUUCCUGGUGAUAGAAAACCCAGAUAACAGGUAUCUCAGGAGAGCAAUUCCUUUGCUCGAGCCUUUUCCAGAUCAGCCGGCCUUCACAGAGCUCCGAGCGGCUCAGCACAAACUCAAAUACAGCUCUGGAGCCUUUACCCUCAGAGAGGAGAUCGAGCAUUUCUUGUCUGUGACAUCAUGUGACUCCUUACCUCUUACUCGAAUGGAGGGCCUGAAGGAUUUAAAGAGACUUUUGCACGCUCACAAAGACCAGAUUAAGCAGCUGCUAAAAGAAUGUCAUGCUGAUCCGGCCAGCAGUGUGCUGGUUAAACUGGUGCUGAACCUCCUGCAGCUGUGCAAACUGGCAGCCAGCCAUCCUCGAGGCAGAGACAUAUUAGAGGCUGUCGGGGGUUGCUUGGGAGAACUCGGGCCUGUGGACUUGUCUACCAUUGCACUGCAUCAUGGGAAAGAUCAGAUUUACACCCAGGCUGCUGCACUUUAUCCUGAUGUUCUUCAUCAGUGGGUCUCCAUCAUACUCAGCUGCAUGAACAAUGCACUGACCGACCAGAGUAUUUCUGUCCGCCAGGCUGCCGCUGUGUGUUUAAAAGACAUUUUGGCCACUUCAUCCGGUUUGGAUUUCUGGGAGAUGCACAAGAGUCAGAGAGACCCAAUGCUGCUGUACCUGAGUCCGUUUCGAUCAGCAAAGAGAAAAGAGCAGGCAUUGAGAGCGGAGGUCACUUCAUCUUGCAGAGAUCGAGUCGACAGUGCAGAGUUGUGGUCAGUGCAACCUGGAAAACACAAGGAGUGGUUAAGGAACCUGUGUAUGGCUCUGCUGGACAGUGGAGGGGUCUGUAAUGAAGCACUGCUUACAACCCGAGGCCUUUGUGAGGUAAAAAACGAUUUCUGCCAAAAAAUGCUUCCGCUCUUCAUCCAUGACAUGCUGCUGGGAGACCGAAAUGGCUCAUGGAGGGAAAUACUCUCCACCCACAUCCAGCACUUUUUUAGCAACUGCUGCAGACCAGCUGUUUCUGGCAGCCGACCCACCACUCCCAUGUCCCCUGACUCAGGAGACACGGAUGUCGGAGUUCAAAGCCAACCAGAUAAAUGGUCUCUGCGCACCAUGCUCGCAGUUAUCGACUACCUCAGACAGCAGAGGCGACCACUGAGACCCAACAGUGCCGAGUUUGGCACCGUGUGCGAGUCCAACUUCUGGCUGGAUCUGAACUACCUGGAAGUGGCUCGAGCAGCACAGCUCUGCUCCGCCCAUUUCACCGCCCUGCUGUACUCCGAGAUCUACGUGGACAACAUCCGCAACAACAUGGAGGAGAAGCGCAGAGCCCAAUUCCGCACAUCACGUAGGAUCACGUUUGACGACAGCAGCCAAAACUUAUCCAUUGGCAGUAUGUCUGAAAAGAGUGUAGAAGACUCGGGCAUGAGCUUGCAGGACAUCUUGAUCGAGGUGUACAGGAGCAUCGGGGAGCCGGACAGCCUGUAUGGAUGUGGCGGUGGCAAGUUGAUUAAUCCUCUCACCAGAAUCAGGACGUAUGAGCAUGAGGCCUUGUGGGGAAAGGCUCUAGCCUCCUAUGACCUUCAUGCCAAUCUCCCAGAGGUCACGAGGCAGGUCGGAAUAAUGGAGGGUUUGCAGAAUUUAGGGCUUUGUGGGAUCCUGAAUACGUACCUGCAUGGUCUGAGAAGACACGGAACCGAGUGGGCGCCUGAGCUCCGAGAAUUUCACUUCCAGGCCGCCUGGAGGAACACGCAGUGGGAAACGGACGUGGAUGAGAGGAGUGAAAAAUUGAAUCCUGGUUUCAAUGAAUCCGUGUUCACUGCUCUACAAGCACUAAAGGACAAGGACUUCUUCAUGUUUGCUCAAACGAUAAAGGACACUAGAGUCUGUGUGGUUGAGGAGCUCUGUCGUGGCAGUCUGGAGGCAGUGUCUUCUCUUUAUCCAGCUUUGCGCAGUUUGCAAAUGAUCGAGGAAAUACAAAGCGUCAAACAGCUUUUAAGCGAAUCCAGCCAGCUGGACGUCUGUAGGAAGUGGCAUCAGCACUUAGACCUGUUGACAGACAGCGAUUUCAGCCUGGUGGAGCCCAUCCUGGCUUUGCGUUCAUCUAUUCAGGAGAUGCUUCUUAAAUGUCAGACCGAGCCUGAAAGGAAGAGCUUCCUGAGCUCCACCUACUCUUCACACCUGAUGGAGCUGUGCAGGCUGGCGCGUUCUGCAGGCAACACACAGCUGGCAGAGCAGGCGCUGUAUCAGAUGAAGCAGCAGAACACGGAGAGUGGGAGCACUGCUGCAUCAUGGGAGUGGCAGCUGGAGGAGGUGCAAGUGUUCUGGGUGAAGAAGGAGCAAAGCCUUGCUCUGGGAUUACUCAAACAGAUGAUCGAUAAACUGGAGGAUCUGGUGGACGUGAACCCUGCUGUGAUGCCAGUGUACGCUGAGUGUUUAAGGCUGUGUGGCAGCUGGCUGGCUGAGACAUGUUUAGAGAGUCCUGCUGUAAUACUGGAAACUUACUUGGAGAGAGCUGUCACUGUCGGCCAGGGCGGAUCUUCAGACCCUAAAAUUCAGCGGCAGAAAACUCAGGCAUUCCUCUCGCUCGCCCGCUUCUCUGACGCACAGUAUCAAAGUAUCAAGAACUACAUGAGGUCAUCGGAGUUUGAGAACAAACAAGCACUGCUGGACAAGGCCAGACAGGAAGUAGUGCUCAUGAAGGAGAGAAAAGUCAUUGAUAACAGGUACACAGUGAAAGUGCAGAGGGAGCUGACGCUGGAUGUCCGCGCUUUGGAGAAUUUAAAGGCCGACCGCAGACGUUUCCUGCUCAAAGCAGUGGAGAAUUAUAUGCGCUGCCUCGCACUGGGCGAAGAACAUGACCCCUGGGUGUUCCGGCUGGCAUCUCUCUGGCUGGAGAACGCCGACACGAAAAGCGUUAACGACCUGAUGAAAGAAGGGGUGAGCAAGAUCCCAUCUUACAAGUUCCUGCCCCUCAUGUACCAACUCGCUGCACGCAUGGGCACCAAAGUGUCCAAUCCGGUCACAUCUGAAGACGUGGGAUUCCACACUGUUCUCAAUGAGCUGAUCUGCAGAUCGUCCAUGGACCACCCUCAUCACACACUCUUCAUCAUUCUCGCUCUGGUCAAUGCCAACAAGGACGAGCACUUUUCCCGCAGCCGUCUGUCCAAGAGCAGCGCGCGGCCUUCGCCCCUGGACCUGGACAGAGCCGAAGUGGCACAGAAAAUCCUAAAUGUCAUCCAGCAGAAGAAGGGCCAGCUGAUCCGGGAGAUUGAAAGCCUCUGCCAUGCCUACAUCACCCUCGCGUACAUGGAUGCCAGCAAACAUAAAACAGAGAAGAAGGCAAUUCCCAUCCCAACAGAUCAACCCAUCAUGAAGAUUAAAGAUCUAGGAUAUGUCACAAUCCCCACAAUGGAAAUCAAGGUGGAUCCAUCAGGUGAAUAUGAAGAUCUGGUGACAGUCAGAUCUUUUAAACCUCACUUCCACCUGGCUGGAGGCGUCAACCUGCCGAAGAUCAUUGACUGCAUGGGCUCGGAUGGUCAGAGCAGGAGGCAGCUGGUCAAGGGGCAGGAUGAUCUGAGGCAGGAUGCAGUGAUGCAGCAGGUGUUUCAGAUGUGCUCCACGCUGCUGCAGCGCAAUGCCGACACACGCAGGAGGAAACUCAACAUUCGGCGCUACAAGGUGGUGCCUUUCUCUCAGAGAAGCGGUGUUCUGGAGUGGUGCUCGGGUACUGUCCCCAUUGGAGAGUUUCUAGUGGACCAUCAGAAGGGAGCGCACCAACGUUUUCGGCCUCUGGACUGGAGCAGCUUAACCUGUCGCAAAAAAAUGAUGGAAGCCCAGAAGCUUGAAUUCGACAGAAAGCUGCAGGCGUACAUGGAAGUGUGCCAGAACUUCCGUCCCGUUUUCCGUUACUUCUGUAUGGAGAGAUUCCUGGACCCGGCCACAUGGAUGGAGAAGAGACUGGCAUACACACGCAGUGUGGCUACGUCCUCCAUAGUGGGCUACAUCGUUGGACUGGGUGAUCGACACAUCCAGAACAUUCUGAUAGACGAGCAGACAGCAGAACUGGUGCACAUCGACCUGGGCGUCGCCUUUGAGCAAGGAAAGAUCUUGCCCACUCCAGAGACUGUGCCCUUCAGGCUGUCCAGAGACAUUGUGGAUGGUAUGGGCAUCACUGGUGUAGAAGGAGUCUUCAGAAGGUGCUGUGAGAAGACAAUGGAGGUCAUGAGGAGUUCUGAGGAGGUUCUCUUGACCAUAGUGGAGGUGUUGCUGUAUGAUCCUUUGUUCGACUGGACCAUGAACCCACUCAAGGCCUUUUAUUUACAGCAGCAGCAGGACGAGCAGGCUGAGCUUAAUGCUACCCUCAACCCCACACCAGCGGGAGAGGAACCCGAAAGUCAUCGCAAACCCAGCAGUGACAGUCAAAGCUUUAACAAGGUGGCUGAGCGUGUGCUGCUACGGCUGCAGGAGAAACUCAAAGGUGUGGAACAGGGAACCGUGCUCAGCGUCGGUGGCCAGGUCAACCUUCUCAUCCAGCAAGCCAUGGAUCCUAAAAACCUGAGCCGCCUCUUCCCCGGCUGGCAGGCGUGGGUUUGAAACACACACCUGUGUCUCAUACGCUAUAUUACCAAAAGUUUGCGGACACCUGGUCAUCAGUGCAUUUUGAGCAUCGCGUUCCACAUGGAGUCCCAGUUUUCUCUUAUAAUUCCCUUCACUCUUCUGAGAAGAUGUUCCACUAGAUUUUCCUGUGUGCUUGUAAACAUUUGUGUUGAUCAGCCACAAGGGUGUUAGGCACUGAUGUAGGUGAGGUGAUGAUGACUGGGGGUGGAGUCAGGGUUCCAAUUCAUCCAAAAGGUGUUCAGUAGGGUUGAGAUCAGAGCUCUAUAGCAGGAGAUCUUCCAGUCUAAAUUAUGUAAAGCAUAUCUUCAUGGAGCUCGCUUUGUGCACAGGGGCAUCGCAAUGCUGGAACAGGUUUGGGUUUCCAAGUGAAAAAUUUUAUUAUACCGCAUUCUAUGCAAUCGUGUGCCUCGUGCUUUGUGGUAACAGUUUGGAGGCACAUCAGGCAGGAAAGGUCAGGUGUCCCAAUACUUUGAUUCAUGUAGUGUAUCUGCACUUGCUCAUGCACAUGGAUAGCUUUGUGAAAUGAGCAAGUUACUCAUGUACUGUAUUUGCACCUUCAGGUUUGUACCUCCUGUGAGAAGUUUGUUUGCACAAUCAGAUACAAUACAAUUCACUGUAAAAAAAUAUGAAUAAAUAAAAGAUAUAGUUGUUGAGGAGAACGAGGAGAACGGCUCAACCUGACAGUAAACACUCUUUCCAUCCGUGGUGAGCAGAAAAGCAUCUCAGAACACGCAACACUGAGGUAGAAGACCAUGUCGGGUUGUCAGCCAAAGAUCUGGGGCUACAGUCUCACACAAACUCCUGCCUGUUCUCCUACUUGAGAUGCUUUUCUUUCCAGCACGGUUGUAAAGAGCUUUUAUCUGAGCUACUCUCCCGGAGCGUUCCUGUCUCCGUGAACCAAAACUGUGAGAAGAUUCUGUGCACUUUCAGAUACAAUUAAAUGGUUGUUGAGCACUUGGGUGUACAGUGGAGUGCAAAAGUUUGUAUACCCUGGAAUGCAUUUAUUCUGAUUGUUUUCCCAGUGUUCCCUGAUUUGUUUUUUUGUUUUUUUUAUUGGUAAUAACAAAUUAAGUUUGUUGUUCUUUAUUUCUGAAGGUGAUUGAAGCAUUUUCUAAUAAAUCAUAUGUUCACUUGGCUUUAGCUUUUUGAUCUAUCAAUAUUUUCUUCUACUUUUUUUUUUUUUCGAAGGCUCAUUUCACUUGGAAACCGUAGAAGAUGCAAACUUUUGCAUUCUGCUGUAAGUGGAAUAAGAUGUAGCCUUAUAUUUCUGUGUGUUCGCUUCCAUGUUCGUCCUACUGUAUAUGUGUUGUUCCUCAUCUUCCACCCCUCCCCUGCCUUACCCCCCUCUAUGUAUGAAUAAUAAUCCAUUAUUUUGGACAGUUCUUGAAUUUUAUUUUAUUUUUUUUACGCAUACGCCUGUAUGUUUGUUAACAUGUUCGAGUUAAUGAACAAAGCAGCUGCUUGCUCAGGGCUUCACUGUAACUGUAAAACGAUAGGAAUUGAAUCACUCCAAGAUUUAAAGGGUUAUAUGUUGUAUACAUUUGUCAAAAAAAAAAAAAAAAAAAUUGUUUCAACUGACUACCACAGAAAGGUUUUUUUUUUUUAUAUUGGAAGAAAUUGUGUUUUAUAGUUCCGCUGUAUUAAAACUCCGUUCAUAAAUGUAAUAAAAUUGCAGGUUCUUUUGAUUCCCCAA